AUGGGUAAACAAGAAAAAUCUAAAGCCAAGAAAGGCUCCAGCUCAGCUAGACCAGCACCAUACGACAAAAGACUGAAAGUAGAAGUGAAAUUCGAAGGUGCUGCUCCAUCUGCGUCCACAUCAACAGUCAAGACCAAAAAACAACAACCUCCCAAUGUGAAGAAAGAAUCAUCUGCUCCAUCCAAAGCUAGUGCUUCAGUUGAUAAAGGCAAAGCAAAGGCUAUCCCUGUCCCUUCCAAGGUAGAAUCUGAAUCCGAAGAAGAAGAAGGUGUAGAAGUAUUACCACGAACAUUCAUAAUCAUAGCUGGAUCAUACGAGAAACUACUAUACGGUAUAGAAGGUACCUUUUCAUCAGAUUCUAUAUCACCGAAGUUGGAACCCAUAUUCAUAUUCCCUGCGCAUCUGGCAUGUGUGAAAGCCGUAGCGGCGAGUAAAGGAGGGAAAUGGUUAGCUACCGGUUCAGAAGAUGAGUUUGUCAAAGUUUGGGAUUUGAGGAGGAGGAAGGAGGUUGGUAGUCUGAGUCAACAUACCGGCUCAAUAACAUCCCUUCAUUUCCCAACUUCUUCUCACCUCAUAACCACCUCCGAAGACUCUACGUUAUCCCUAUUCCGUACUUCCGACUGGGCACUGCUCAAAUCCCUCAAAGGUCAUUCAGGAAGAGUGAACCAUGUGGACGUACAUCCCACAGGUAGGGUAGCGUUGAGUGUAGGAAAAGAUAAUACGUUGAAGAUGUGGGAUUUAAUGAGAGGUAGAGGAGCAGCUAGUUUACCUUUGGGAAGUGAACCCGAGAUGGUGAAGUUCUCUCAGGCUGGUACACACUUUGCUGUACUCUUCCCUCGAAAGAUCCAAAUUUACUCUUUAACACUCAAACUCCUACACACCCUCGAAACGAAAUCACGAUUCAACACUCUACUUUUCGCUACUAUCCCACCAGUCAAUGGACCGAUGACAGAAGAAGAACUGCUCUGUGUCGGCACUGAAAAGGGAAUAGUCGAAGUCUACAACAUCAAAGUAGGCACCGAAGAACCUCAGAGUGAUAGUGAAGAUGAAGACGAAGAGGGGGAAGCUGAGGGAAGUGAGACGAAAGGCAAUGGUGCGAAGGUGGAGAGAGUCGGUACACUCGUUGGACACACAAAUCGAAUCAAAUCUAUAUCUGCCUUACCAUUCGAAGUUCCGGCCGAGGACGAAGAGAUCCGACCUACCAUCUUACUUACGACAGUAUCUUCUGAUGGGUUAAUCAACGUGCAUGACCUAUUUUGGGUGGAGAACUCGCCCCAGUUCCAGGGUGUAGGAGAGAAUAACACGAUAGAGCCCAUUGCAUCGUACAAUACAAAAGGAAGUAGAUUGACUUGUGUUACACUUGCGGAUGGUCAGGAUCUAUCUAAGAAAUUGGCUAAACAGAGAUCCAACGGUGGUACCCCUGCUAAGACAACUCGGGUGGAUGAUGAAGAGGAAGAAGACAGUGAAGACGAUGAGGAUGACGAUGAAGAAGAAGAGGACAUCUAUGAGUCUGGUGAAGAUGAUGGAGAGGAGGAUGAAGAGAUGGCAGUUGAGUUUGAAGACGAAGAGGAGGAAGAGGAAGGGGAAUAUGAGGAUUGA